AUCCAUUGGCUAGUCUCGAGAAUUAGCUAGCUAGCCUCGCCAGGCAGGCAGAAUCUGCAGAUUUCGCUCUGAUGCUUGAUUUUAGCAACUAAAUCUGUGGUCGUAGAUUCCUCUUAUGUUACUAGAUCAUCUAAUUAUUGCCAGACAGCGUCUACAGAAACGGUGAGCGAAAAUCUACCAACCAACCCAACCAGGGGAAUACCAACUCGCAGCCACCAAGGUGAUUGCCAAGAAUCUAUUUGCUAGCUAGCUAUCCUUUGAACAUUCGCAAUUUAGCUUGCUAACGUCAGUCUAGUGGUUGAAAUUCGGUGAAAGAUUAGUACGUUUCGAGUUUGUUAAAACUAUGAUCUUUUAGUUUAUCACACAGCACACAUUACCGUCCGGACCUAGUGUAAGAUGGCAGUGAGCUGGCAGGACGUUGCUACUCAGCAGGCUGAGCAGUUGGCGGCCCGUUUGAAGGAGCUCUUGUCGUCUGGCCUAGGCUAUCUGAACUCAGAACUCGGUGUGGAUUUGGGUCUGAAGCCCGAUCUGAUUCCGCCAUGGGUUAUCCUCUCAACGGCAUGUUUGGGAUUAUUGGUGAUUUUGGUAGUUUGGGGCUUUGCUUGUCGUGGUCUGUUGAGGGGUAGGUCGAAAAGAACGAUUGAGACCAUAGAAGAGACUGUGAAACCAGCUGUCAAGAGUUCCAAACCCGAAGAUCAGAAGAAGAAAAGCAAGAAGAAACCAUCUGAAAAGAAACCACAAGCAAACGGUCGUCCUGUGGCUGAACAGGAAGUCAAAGUGACUGAAGAAAUUCCUGCUGUCCAGCAACCCACACCAGAUAACAAGUCUGACAAGGCAAAGAACAAGAAGAAGAAACCGAAACCUGCCAGUGCCCCAGAGACCCAGUCAGCCCCGCCUCCUCGUGUCAAAGAGCCUGAACCAGAAGGGAGCUGGGAAACCAAAGUCAGCAACCGGGAGAAGCGUCAGCAGAAACGGAAGGAGAAGGGCGCCGGCGACAGCUCACCAAGCCCAGGAGGAGAUGAUUCCCCCGCCAACCCUUCCCCAGCUCCUGAGGCGGCUAAGCCCACCAACCAGAAGAAGAGCAAAGGUACAGGCGACACUCCCCGAGCUAAACCUGCCAAAGCGGAGCCGGUGGCACCUCAAGCUAAAGUGACUGCCCAAGUGGAGGAGACACCAGCGAUGAAUGGAGGGGAAUGGAACAAUGUCGGCCUGAAGCCUCAGAAGCAGGCUCCAAAGGCAGAGAACUGGACCGCCCUGCCCAAGAAACCUGUGCAGCCCAACCCUGAGGUGUCCGUCUGGGGGCAGGAGAUUGAAGGAUGGACUGUCGUCGACCGGGGAAUCCCAUCGGCAUUCCCUGGACUGGGCCUCGCACCAUCUGCCGUGGAGCCCCAGCCUGUGGCAGAGCUGCAGUGGGCCACCGAGCCUCCCGUGGACGACGAGUGGUCAGGACUGAACGGCUCGUCCGCUGACCCGGCGUCAGACUGGAGCGCUCCCGCUGAGGUGUGGGGGAACUACGAGGAGCCUGAGCCAGAGACCCCCGCCCCUCCACCAGAGCAGCCUGCCAGCACCCCUCUGACCAACACCACUGAGGAUGCACAGGGAUCCGAUGAUGAGAAGGACAAAGCUGACUCCGCUGCAGCCGAGAGCGGCAAGGGCAAGAAGAAGAAAAAGAAGAAGAAGAAGGCGGAGGAGGAGACUGGAACAGCUCAGGAAGAGGUGAAGGAGUCUCCAGUGGAGGUAGCACCGCCUCCACAGCCAGCCCAGGCAACCGCUAAAGCUGCUAAGGCCGCUAAGACCGCCAAGCCUGCCAAGCCGUCCCCUGCUCCUGUUGAGGCUGAACCACCCCGAGCCGCUGUGCAGGAGAAAGCCGUCCCGAAGAUCCCCUCCCAAGUGCCACAGGGGCCCGCCGACGCUAAAGCCCCUGCCAAGCAGCCCAGCGGCCCAGCUCCUGGCCAGGACAAGCCCGAGGCCAAGCAGGAGUCUCCUGUGCAGGCGAAGAAGAAGAGAGCCAGAAGAGAGACAUGAGCUGCAGGCUGACUGACACCAAGAGAGUUUAUAUGCAAAAAAAAAAGAGGGGGGGGGGGGAGAAGAAGAUUUUUAAGACCUGAAAGAUCAUGCAUAUGCAAUACUGAAGAGUGUACAGACUUUUCUAUGAAAUGACUACUUUUUUUUUUAAGAAAAGACGUCAAUUGCUAGUUUCACCUUCUUUGACCUUUUGUGUGAAUGAAUUAGAUGAUGCACUAUGCGAGAUCCUCUAGUGGAUGUUCCAUGAGAUGAAAAUUUUGUAUUUUGUCAUUAUGAUCAUUGUUUUUUUUUUUUCUUUGAUUUGUGUUGUUUAUGAGUAUAUUGAAAAGAUCUGACGUUCUGGCUCUAGCUGUAUUUGUAGUGUGAUGCGAGGCGAAGGCCUGGUCCUGACGUCGGCAUGUACGGUGGCUUGCUAACCGAUAGCCUGUAGCACUGUGCUUCUGAUGCAGCUUCCCUCGCCUUGUGCUGAGACCCUUACCGUUAUCACAAGUGUGAUGCCUGAACAGGGGUGUAAGGUUUGGCUUCUGGUCGGAAAUAGUUUUGGAUGGAGUCUGUUUCAAAUUCAAAGACUCCUUUCAGCUCCUGGGUUCUGCCGUGAGGUUCCAAAGCGAGGAUUUCUCAGCUAGCUGAUUUAUUACAGCAUCUUACAACACUAAAGUGUUUUCUGCUUUUGUUGAGAUUAUGGUCAUCUCUUGCUUUAAUGAAUUGCAUCUAGGUAUCUCUGGCAAUUCUAAAAUGUUGAUUGGUACAGCCAUUACACAUUGACAUAUUUCUAACCUCUUCAGAUCAGAAUGCCAAGCCAUAUGUACGAAAUAUAGUAAUAAGAAUUAAUUUAAAUGGGCGGUUUUCUACUGUUCAAGAUUGAGCUUUGAAAUGUGCUGUGUAUUGCAUUUCCAACAUAUCUCUGUGUGUGAGUGUAUUCUGCUGUCUAUCAGUGUGAGAUGGCUGAUCUUUUUCGGGAGGAGUAAUCAUGCGCGUGAGGGAGAGGAAUCUCGACCGCUUCAAACUGUUUUGACCAGUACAGCAUCAGGAACAAAUUAUAAUGCCUUAUUAACUCAUAGUUUGUAGUCUGGAGAGAAAACACAUACCUAAUGUCAGCUGUUUCAUGUGCUGUAUGUGAUGAACGCAGGGCAGAAAAAGAAGAUUGGGGGGGUGGGUGGGGGUAGUAGAGGCAUGAUGAGCAGAUGUUUUUGCGCUGUUGUGAGGUCAUUUUUGUCUUCAUAUGGCUACAACCUUGGAGGCUGUGAUGCUGGUUAAUUUUCUUCCACUGUCUCCCUGUGUAUUUCAGGCUGUCCAACUAAUGUUGACGUGGCAGCAUCCUGCACAGCCCAGAUACUGCACCUGUGUCUUCUCCCUUCUAGUGUGUGUGCACUAGUAUGUUGACACAGUGACCUGUGUCUUCUUCCUGCUAGUGUGUGUGUGCACUAGUAUGUUGACACAGUGACCUGUGUCUUCUUCCUGCUAGUGUGUGUGCACUAGUAUGUUGACACGGUGAUGGGGGAACAUUAGGUUCUUUGAUGACCUGCCUUAUCUGACCCUACCCCCCUCAUUAUUAAGGAUGUUAGUGUUAUUAUUUAUUUCUACCAAAUCACUAAAUACUUUAUGAUCUUCUAAAAUGCAAGAAAAUUGAUAAAAUUCUUAGUUAAUUUGUCCAAAUAAACUGUAAUUUGUAUCUGCUUUG